AUGGCUCCAACAUCUAAAAAGCAAUUGGGCAAUGUCCUCGUCAUAGGAGGUUGUGGCUUCCUCGGUCACCAUAUCGUGAACCUCCUUCUGUCCUCCUACGAUUGCAAAAUAUCCGUACUCGACCUCUAUACAACGCGAAAUCGACGGCCAGACUCCGAUGGAGUCGGCUACUUCAAUGGAGACAUCACGUCUCUCGAUGCCUUAAUACCCAUUUUCAACAAGAUCAAGCCGGAUGUAGUCAUACAUACUGCGUCGCCAACUCUGGUUGGAGGGAACAAGCAGAUGUUUUAUAAGGUUAAUGUGGAAGGAACGAAAUCCGUUGUAGAAGCAUGUAAACAGACUGGCGUGAAGGCUUUGGUUUACACAAGCUCGGCCAGUGUAAUAUCUGAUAAUGCUACGGAUUUGAUAAAUGCCGACGAGAGGUGGCCGAUUAUUCCACCCAAGUCGCAAACGGAGUACUAUUCGCAGACCAAGGUAUGUUAUGCUAUCAAUCAUUAUGGUCUCAAAGGGAACGCUUUCAAACCCGAUCCGAACUUUUCUCAAACUCAUGUUCUAAUUACAAAUCAACAGGCUGAAGCAGAAAUCCACGUUCUCUCCCAAAACCGCACCGGGUCCUCGAAAUUCCUAACCUGUGCUCUGCGACCCGCAGGAAUCUUCGGCGAAGGCGACGUCCAAAUGGUCCCCAAUAUGAUGAAUGUAUACCGAGACCAAAAGACCGGCUUCCAAUUGGGCGACAAUACCAAUCUUUUUGAUUUCACCUACGUAGGAAACGUAGCGCAUGCGCACUGUCUCGCAGCGUACGCCUUACUGAGAACAUCCGCAUUAUCCACCGCUCCCCUGAGCCACGAGAAAAUCGAUGGAGAGGUAUUCAUGAUAACAAAUUGCGAACCCGUAUACUUCUGGGAUUUCGCGAGGAUGAUAUGGAAAUGCCAGGGCUCGACAAAGGGAACGGAACAUGUCUGGGUUAUCAGCAAAGAAGUAGGGAAUAUUCUAGGGACGCUUAUGGAGUGGGGAUUCUGGCUCGUAGGAAAGAAAAGCAAAUUGACGCCCAGGGAAGUGAAGUACAGCUGUAUGACUAGGUAUUACGAUUGUACGAAGGCAAAGGAAAGGCUAGGAUAUGAGCCAAUUGUGAAGCUGCCUGAGGGGAUUAGGAGGGCUGUCAAAGCGCUGGAGGAUCAAUAUCAGAAGGAAGGGGAGAAGAAAAGCCAGUAG